UUUACUAGGAGACAAACGAGCUGCUUGGAGAUUGGAGUCAACGCGAUUGACCACGAAUGUUCUACGAUGGAUGGUCCUUCGUUCACUCUACCCGGCAGAGUCUACCGUCCAAGUGGGCCUUUUGGGAUCGGUCGAUAUGCUUUUCUUCGGAGAAUAUCAGAAGGGAAUGGUCGGGGCAAAGUACAGUGUGGAAGGUCAACGGGACCGACACUCAAUCGCUAGUCUUCAUCACUCACCGUGAAAAUAACUGGAACACUUAGAUACUUUCUGCCAUUCUCUCAGAUCGGGUUCUUUUCCUUCCAACAAUUGGGUCGUGACGCAAGACCUGCACGAUAUCAGAGUGCCUCUGUUGGGGAGCGAAACAUCGGUCCAUCUCCAUACACUCCUUUUCACAAAUAUGGCCUCGGAUAAGGCUCCAGUGUGCGUGAACACACCGUUGGAGUUGAACAAUGGACCCGGUUCAGGAUCACAGGGGGAAACGGGGUCUAAGGUUAUCGAUGACCACGAUGGCACAGCACAGGAAGAAGGUGCGAAGGGUGAUGUGAGUACCAUCUCGAAAUGGGAGCCUGAGACAACCGAUUCGAAGUGGCGGGCAGUUGUCAGAAUCGUAACGAGUGUAGCAGCAAAGAAUUUGUGGGAUGUAGCGAAGGAUUAUUGUAAUCUCGAUUGGUGUUCACUGGUGACAGGAUGUGUGCUUUUGGAAGGGGAAGCACCAGGGAAUAAUGUGGGAACAGUUAGGCAUUGCACAAACGAUAACGUCCCAUGGUAUUCAGAUGAGAGGCUCAUAGCCAUAGACCACGAGAAAUUCACGCUUACCUAUGCCAUGGUUGACAGCAGUUUGGGGUGGGUCGAUUACAGGGCCACCCUCUCGAUAGGAAGAGGUGAAGAUGGAAAGAGUUUUUUGGAAUUGAAGGGCGAGCAAAGUCCUCGUGCCACUGCGACUGGAAAGGAAGCUGUUGAAUUCAUGACGAGAGGUUACAGUUUGUUUUUGAGCGACCUUGAGUCCAGAGCUCGUACUCUUUAGAGUUGCUUUAGUACUAGGGUUUAGUAUUCUAGCUGUAAUCAUCGCAACUUGCUAAUUUUUCAUGUGUUCGCCUGUUGGAUUGAGUUGUAUCAUAACAAGAAGCGCAUUUCGUAUCGUAUCAAGACGCUCAUUACGAUAUUACAUAUCUUAAUGAGCUUCUUCGCUGGUUUCACAUAGUCUCAGCUUUUUCUUCCACCCCGUGAGAUGAAAGUGAAGACACCUACAACUAUUGCUUUUCAGAUUAGUCUGUCACAUGUUCGUUAAUUGCUCUAGUAGUUGGACUCAUCAAGUCUUGAUUUGAGAACUUGGUCGAAGGUGACUUGAUUCGUUUGAUCCAGCUAGUGAGUUCUCUCGUAUAUCAACGGCAUUGCAAACGGCCUCUGAUUGCUCCUGGCUUUGUUCUAGAGACCAGAGAAUCUCAGAGUGAUUGUAAUAGAUUUGU